CACGUGAGAAGCAAAUACACGAAUAAACAAGAAGACAUUAAAAUGGUGUGUUGGUCCUAGGGUUUAAAAUCGGGUUGCUCUCCGAAGACAAGAAACGAAUCGAAGUCUUUUUCUUCUUCUUCCUCCUCUUACGAACUCGCGAGAUUUCUUUGUCCUCACUCAAGGGUUAGGGAUGCGGCGGAACAGUCCAGCAUACUACAGUCCUCCGCGGCGAGGAUACGGUGGCGGUGGCCGAGGAGGAGGGUCCGGCAGGAGGGGAUUCGGUGGAGGCAGGCGCAGGGACAGCAAUGGGAGCCUCUUGGUUCGUAACAUUCCCCUCGAUUGCAGACCCGAGGAGCUUCGCGUCCCUUUCGAACGAUUCGGGCCUGUUCGUGAUGUUUACAUACCCAAGGAUUAUUAUUCUGGAGAACCUCGAGGCUUUGCAUUUGUGCAGUUUGUGGAUCCUUAUGAUGCCUCAGAGGCACAGUACCAUAUGAACAGACAGAUUUUUGCUGGAAGGGAAAUAUCUGUAGUUGUGGCUGAAGAGACAAGAAAAAGACCAGAGGAGAUGCGCCACAGGACUAGUAGGUUCAGAGGACCAGCAAGCUAUGGAGGCCGAAGGUCUUCUCAUUACGGGCGUUCUCGAUCUCGCUCAAUUACCAGAUCACGCUCGCCACCUUAUCACUCUGGUUCUAGAAAUCGAUAUCGCUCAAGGUCCUAUUCUCCUGCUCCAAGACGACAAAGCGAUUACUCUGUUUCCCCUGGGAGGCAAGCUGAGCACCCCAGAUCACCAAGAGGUCCUCCCAGGGAGAAGGAUGGUGAUCAAAAGCGUAGGUCUUAUUCUCCUGCUUAUGGCAAUGGUAUCGAACAGAAUCAAAGCAAUGGAUAUGCUGAGAAAUCUAUGUACAAGUCUGAGGCUGAUGCUGAUCGUAGCCAGUGGAAGUCAUCGAGAUCACCCCCUGGAUCUAGAUCAAGAUCUGCUGAAUUGUCACCAAGGCGUGGAAGAUGAGGUUGCAGGUAGCUGGCAAUGUGCUGCUGGGGCUUCUGUACAUUUCCUGCAACUUAUCGCAACAUUUGCAAAAUCCUGUAUUUUGCUUGAAGUUUGCGAAUAUGAUGGAUGAAUGUAUAAUAAUUGACUUGAUGUGCGGGUUUUAUAUUUGGAUAUUUUGAACUUUCAUAACUAACCGUGAAUGAUGAAUUGUUGAGUUUGUUUUAUGACCCUAUGUUUUCAAGUUGACUGUUGCUGUUGUAUUA